CAACGUCACGAAUUCAAACCACCCGACCAACCCAACCGGAGUGCCACUGACACGAAAACAGAGUCGAUUUCGAAGCGGAACUGCUCUGCUCCCCUCCGCCGGCGCUCCUCUCCCCCUCACCCCGCCGCCCGCCGGGAUCUGGAGGUCACACGACGCGCCACGAUGCAGCAGCAGCAGCCGGCCCUCCUCGGCACAGGGGGAGGCGGCGAGCACUGGGACGUGAUGAUGGAGGACACGCUCAUGUCGCAGGGCGAGCUCGCCUCCAUCGACGCGCCCCGCUUCGACGGCGCGGACUUCGAGUCAUGGCAGGUCAUGAUGAGAGGCCACCUGGCUUGGUCACACCCUCUUGUGUGGAGCAUAGUGGAAACCGGCUUCUCUUGUGCGGACGAGGCAAAUCCGACGGACCUCGAGCUGAGGAAGAUGUACUACAAUGCCCAAGCCAUGAACGCCAUACACUCUGCCCUCAGCGAUGACCGGCUCUACCGGAUCUGGCACCUUGACACUGCCAAGGAGGUCUGGGACGCCCUCCAGGUCAUGCACGAAGACACCCCGACCGUCCGCCGGUUAAAGAUCAAACAGCUGAGGGAGAAGAUGAGGUUGUUUGCGUGGAGGAAGGGCGAGUCUGCCGAUCAGAUGCAUACAAGGCUCUGGAAUCUGGCCAUUGACCUGAAUCGCCUUGGUUGCAAAGAGGUGGACGACCCUUAUGUCGUGUGGACGAUGCUUCGUGCCAUGGCGCCUAGGAAGCCGGCCUUUGUGGACGGCAUUCGCCGGGAGCCUGGCUUUGAAGAGCUCACCCCUCUGGAUGUGCUCCACAACUUCCAAGUCUACGACUGCAGGCAAGAGCUAUCCAGAAUACUCAUGCGCGGUACGCGAGGGCGAAGCCGGACACUGUCACGCCGAGCGAGCCCGCCGACGAUGCAGAUUGCUCCGGAGAAGCGCCUCGCUUCGAUAGCACGCGCUAUCUAUCAUGGCAGCGCAGGAUGAAAUUCCAUCUGCUUAGCAUUGACCCUCUAGUGUGGAGAGCUGUGGAAACUGGCUUCUCUUGUGCAGAUGAAGCAAACCCAACGGCUCUUGAAAAGAGGAACUGGCAGCACGAUUACCGAGCUAGACGUGCCUUACAGUAUGCCAUAGGUGAUGAUCAAUACAUUCGGAUUUGCCGAUAUCAAUAUAAUAAGAGUGCCAAGGAGAUUUGGGAUGCUCUCCGAAAAUCUAAUGAAGCGGCUGGUAAGUCAAAGCUCUGUUCACUGAGGAUGGAUAUGAACUUCUUCGUCUUAGGGGAAGACGAGUCCCCGAGUGACAUGUAUACAAGGCUCAACAAUUUGGCCAAUGAAAUGAAGGGUCUCGGGUGCAAGGAGAUGACCGAUUCCUAUCUUGUGGAGAAGAUGCUUUUUGCCAUGACGCCAAGGAACCCAACCAUGGUUUUCCUCAUCCAUCAGAAGCAUGACUUUGAACUACUCACUGUCGUGGUUCUAACUCUGACAGUGAUGUAGGGGGGUGUGUAUGGAGAGGCUAGAUCUCAGCUAUUGGGAAGUUGUAAACACACGAGGAUUA